UGGGUUCAAGGUUGGAAGGCUAACCGAGGAUGACUUCAGGGAACUCGACGGGGCGGCGAGCGCCACUGGUCGCGUCGUUCGUAGCGUUGCCGCACUCGUCGGACGACAGAACUGGACUCGAGAUUUCAAGGAUUUCAUCCGCAGGGUUACGGCGUACGAGCCGUACUCACAGUUCAUCUCACACCACCACGCACUUGACGAAGCGUGUACGAUCCACGCGAGGAGCUUGCCGGACGGGAUGCUACCGCACACGCCUCUCAAUCAAUGAGUUCCUGCUUAGUCGACCGUGGCAACCGAUAUUACAGGAGAUGAAGAAGUACGAGGUUAUGGAGUCGUUCCCCGACACCCUCAUCAGCGAGGAGAAGCGGUUAAGAGAGGGUGUCGCGGCGAAGGUAGAAGAGUUCAAUCAGAAGAUUCACAAGCGCCAACGCUGCUACUCCGCGGAUGAAGCGUCGGAGGUCGGACAGCAGUGCAAGGAGAAGAUUCACAAGGAGGGUCAACGCGCAGCCACGACGAAAGCCUCUGAUGCCUUCGAGCGCAAGGAUCCAGGAGGAGACAAACUGAGUAGUAGCUCUUUUCCUCGACCUUUAUGCUGA